CCUUUGUUAUUAAAUUACAAGCAUGGCGAACUUUUGUUUAUGGAAUGAAUUUGAAUUAAAAAAGCCACCGCUGGUAACAAUACAAGUGUCUGACACGGGAUUUGCUAAGCAUGUCUUUGUUGUCAUCAAUCGUUAUCUGCAACAGUUGUCGGGUGCAGAUUUCGUGGAGUUCGAGCAGACGGCCGCUUUGAUAGGCCGUCUAAUGGCACGCCGCAAGAACUCCUUUCGUGGCUUUCCAGGAUUUCGGGCCGUAUGCAAAUUAAAUGCUGCGCUUUGCCGACUGCUGCGUUUGGAUCUUACACGUGAGCUGCAACAUUUUCGUGGUGCUCUGCCUGAUGUAUGCGAUAAUGACAUGGCAGGGGAAAUGCCCACACGCAGCAGCUUUGAGUACGUAUUGGUGCGCUUGCUGAGCUUUUAUCACUUGCAAGAACGCAUAAGAAAUUGCUGCCUGGCGGCUGCUAGAUACUUUGGACAAAUGCUACGCGGAAACUUCUUCAUGGAAUUCCUGACUGUGCUCAUAGCAGCCAUAGCCAAAAUACACAAAUUCAGUGCACUGCAGGCAAACAAUUGCGCCACACUUUACAAUAAAUUACUGCCACAACGCGCGCGUUUUCCACAAGUGGAGAAGCAUCAAUUUCUGCCUGAGAAUUGUAAGCUGCCCACUCAGCUCGCUCAAAUCAAGGUAAUCACGCCAACAAAGGAGAUAACGACGGAGACUCCCAUAACGCUGCAGACGAGCACUGUGGUUACCAAAGUAGACAAGGCCAAGCGAAAAGCUAAAGAGGAUGUGGGUACAGUAGUUGAACGGAAGCCACCAGCAGCAGCCGAAAAGCCUGCGUUUGAGAUAAACACACUGGUCACCUUGUGCGAUGUGAAGCACUUUAUACAAAGCGAAUCCAAGGCGCGCAAAAAUUCACCAGACAGCUGCAUAACCAAAUCAUUAAAAAACCAUGAGUGGCUAGCAGCUCAAACGCUAUUCGAGCGCAAGGUGAAGGCCAGAGAAGGCGAUAAAGCGUUGAAUAUAUUUCGCAAAUUUAUUGCAAGUAAAAUAUAAUGAUAAAUACAACUUACAUAUCUUUUUGUAAAGCACCUCCUGGGUCUAUUAAAUGCUCGUGACCAUG